AUGGCGCCCAGAUGUACGGGGAUCUACGACAAUCCGGAGGACCUUGUCUCCCAGCCGUGCAGGAAGAAGGCCCGCCUCCAUAGCCCCGACAAAACCCUCAAGAACGAUGAUGUUCACAGCUCCGAUCCUCUGCGGUCUUUCACCAAGGCCGAUGCAGAUGCUCUCUGCCACCAGAUGAGAGAGUUUGAGCAGGAAUACAACAGAGAUGGAUUCGAAGCCAGAGAAAAUCUAUCUCCCAAAGAAGUCGAGCUGAGAAUGGCUUGCAGUGCGCUCCUCUUUCGAAUUGAAGAGAUCAAAAGCCUCAUCCAGGGACACUUCUACACCUCCACAACCACCCAGGCCGUUCCUGCCGACCAAGCCAUUCUCACGUUGGUCGACUACCGCAACUGUCUUGUCCAGACCAAGAUGCUCUGCGACAAUUACCAGGGCCGCUUGAAGCAUUUGGAAGCUGCAGACAAACUCAAGAAUAACCUUCAAUCGGUUAUUCAUGAGGAGGCCGCCUACGAUGGAGAUGACGAGAGUGACCACAAAUUCACCACUUCCGACAGCUACAAUCACACCGAGUAUGCGAAGCGCAAGAAAUGGUACCGCUCCACCACGGAGAAGAGGAGUCUCGGCCAUCAGAUGGUGUCGAUAGAGGAGCCAGGCUCAGCCAUGGAGUGGGAGCCUCUCGACAGUGUUCAGGAGUCGACUCGAGAGGAUCCUGCUCACUGUUCUGCGGCGGAUGAUUGGGUCUCGUCUGAGCACGUGACCACAUUCCAUUGA